AUGCUGAUUUUUCACUACCUGUUGAGCUUCAUAAUCUUUUCAUCAAAUGGUCAAGUUGUAUCUGGUUGUCCUAGAAAGACUAUUUGUUUAGGUCACAGCACUAGCAGAGUAUCUCAAAGUCAAGGAGACUCUGUAUCCAGUAUUCUUAAAGAUGCAUAUGAACAGUUUUGUGGUUCUGAGUACAUUGAAGACAAUAUAGUUAUUAGAACAGGCUCUGGUCUUGUUGAUAUAAGCCAGCCUUUAGUGGAAGCUAAUUUCUCUUUCCUUUAUUAUGUGAAAGAGAUCAGUGGCUAUCUUGAACUGAACAACAUACCAUCCAUUGAAAGGCUCUCCCUGCCUAGGCUGAGACUCAUACGUGGGAGGAAUUUACGUUCUGGACGUUAUAGCUUACUAGUGUCUGGAAGGAUAGAAACUCUUCACAUGCCCAGCUUAACUGAGAUCAGUCGAGGUGAUGUCAUGUUAGGUAGCUCUAGUCUUAAUUCUUACUUGUGUAAUACUAGAUCAAUUAAUUGGACUGAUAUUGCCCCUUUUCCUGUCAGUGGUCAUCAAUUCAGCAGGACAGAUGGUUGCAAUGAUUUAGAUAUAAUUGACUGUAAUGCAUUAGGAUGCAGCUCAGGGUUUUGCUGGUGUAAUGACACUGAUUGCUGCCAAACAUUAUCAUUUAAUUGCAAUUGCCACAACAAUAGUCGUUGUUUCAGAGAUGGUCCAAACAUACAAUGUUGCGAUUCGCAGUGUGUUGCUGGUUGCAGUGGUAAUGGUGAUACUUUCUGUAGGGCUUGUAAAAAUGUUUUGGAUGAUGGUGUGUGCCGAGAGAGGUGCCCUGAACAAUAUAUAAUUGAUCCUUUUGCUCGAACUGUUAUACCCAAUCCACUAUUUAAACUUGAAGCUAAGCCACUUUGUGUUUAUUCUUGUCCAGGUAUAUCUCAGUACUAA